CCACAAAUAGAAGAAGAGUGUUGUCGUAGCAACUGAAGCUUAACGUUAUAGCGAAAGACUGUCCACAGGUUUUGGAGAUAAGUAUAACUGUUGCCAAAAAGCGUUAUAUUUAGGUUCUGCUUUGUCAUGUGUUAGAAACAAACUUACUUUCUGCACGCCAACUGAACUAUAUUAGCAGGUUUUAACACCUUUUAGAGAGCUGGUACGUACAUCUGCGUUCAAUGUCGGUGGUAAGCAGUCUGGUGCCAGCCCGUUUCCUGACUCUCAUCGCGCACCUUGUAAUAGUCAUCAUCAUAUUCUGGUCCCGGGAGAACAGUGUCAGAGCCUGCCUACCACUGGAUUACACUAAUGAAGAAUACAGCUUAGAGGACACACGCCUUGUAGUGGCAUUAUCUGUGACCCUGGGCCUGUUUGCUGUCGAGCUGGUUGGGUUCCUCUGUGGAGUCUCUAUGUUCAACAACAAUCAAGCUCUUCUAUCUAUUGGAUGUCACGCUAGUGGCUCUGUGGCUUUGCUCUUCUUCUUGUUUGAGCAAUGGACCUGCAGCAUCUACUGGUGGAUCUUUGGCUUCUGUAGUGUGAUUCCAGCACUAUAUGAGAUGACCCUUUUUGUUGUAGUGUUUGGAUUUAAGAGGAAGCCUCUAUGAGGAUCUCUGCCCUCUUGGUUCAGGCGGAUAUUGUCCUUCCAUGACUGACGUACCAGAAUAUCCUGAAACCAGAAUAAUAUUCACAGGCACAAUAAAUUAGCAUUUUCCAUGAGUUCUUAGAUUGCUAAAUUAUGUUUGAAGACUUUUUGACGGUUUUAUGUGGUUACAAAUAACUGCUUUAAAUUUCUUUCUUGAAAAUAUCGCAUCUUGUACACAUUGUGAUGAAUUAAAGCAUGUUGUAUUUUGAUACAACUGA